AUGUCCAUUGUUUCCCCCAUCCACCCUCAUCUUCCCCCUCUCACCUGCUUCCCCCACCACCCAAUACAUCAGGCCACGCCUCUCCUUUUCACUCUAGCCGUUGCCAAACUUCCGGACAUUGUGUUUCCGGUGAGUGCUGCCUCUUGUCCAUUUCUACGCUCUCGCUUCAAAGCCAUCGCCACCAGCAUUGCCGAUCUGCACAACCUGCAGCAUGAAGCUCCCUUCACUUACAUGUCUGCUCUUCUCUCUCCCCCAUCUGUGCCUGCGCCAUGCCUGUCAAUAUACCUGCAGCCUGCCAGUACGGCGGUGCUCGGGUUCAUCAUUGGCUUCAAGGUCCCAGUUCUGCGGUCUGCACGUACCGACGGAGGUCUCUCAAGGGGUGGUGGCUUCUCUGCUGGAAGAAAAGGAGCAUUUCAGUUCAGCCUUUUACUCUCCCUCCUCUUCUCUCCCUCUCAUUCUCUCUCUCUCUCUCUCUCUCUCUCUCUCUCUCUCCCUCUCUCUCUCUCUCUCUCUCUCUCUCUCUCUCUCUCUCUCUCUCUCUCUCUCUCUCUCUCUCUCUCUCCCCUUCCCCUCUGCACUUCCAGGUCUGCACGUACAAAUAGAGGUCUCUCUAGGGGUGGUGGCGUCACUGCAGGAGGCGUGUUCUUCAGCCUUAGAUUCCCUCACACAUAG